AUGUUUCUGGCAGGUACGUGCGUUUAUGCCACGGCAUGGAAUGCCCUGCACUGGAAAGCCCGCAUCAGCAAGGGCGAGCGUGUUCUGAUCCACAGCGCAGCCGGGGGGGUUGGUCUUGCCGCCUUUCAUCUUUGCAAGCGAGCUGGUUGCAAAAUCUACUGCACUGCUUCGACAGCCGAGAAGCGCAAGCUCCUUUUAGAGUUGGGCGCCGCUGCGGUGUUCAACUCCAGAGACCCGAUCGAGUUUGAGCAGGGCGUCAACAAGGCGACCGCCGGCGAGGGUGUCGACGUGGUGCUGAACUCGCUCAGCGGUGAGGCCAUCCCGGCCUCACUCCGGCUGCUGCGAGCCUGCGGAAGUUUCUUGGAAAUCGGCAAGCGCGAGCAAUAUGAGAACAAGCCCUUGCACAUGCAGGCUUUUUUGAAAGGAAUCAGUUUCCACGCCGCGCAUUUGGACGUGUUGAUGCUGCGGAAGCCAGACUUGAGCCGGCGCCUCUUGCUUGAGGUCUGGGAGGCAUUGCCACAGCUGCCGACACUUCCGACCAAGACUUUCGGCAUGUCGGACUUGGCAGGUGCCUUGGAGUACUUCUCGAAGGGCGUUCACGUGGGCAAGAUCCUCGUCGCCGUGGAGCCUUGCGAAGUCCGUCCGCGGUGCCCAAGCACCGUGGCAGGCCCCAAGGAUGACGUCGUGCGGCAAUGCUUGCAAGCGAUGCUUGCCGCUUCUGAAGGCCCUGGUGGCGUGCUUUGUGCGCCCACCAUUGACAGCGUGACGGCGGCAGAUUUGCAGUCCGCAGAGCUAGUUCUUACGGCAUCGCCCGCUGUUUCAGCAGCCGCGCAGGUCUUGAACCCGGAGGUGACUUGUGUCAGGCUGCCCAGCUGGGAGCCUGUCCUAGAUUUGGAUGAUUUCCUUUGUCUUGGAGGCCAUAUUGUGGCAAUCGAGGAAGAGACCGAGGGAGAUUUGUAUCAGUGGCUUCUCCAGACUGUGGCAGACAUGUCUGGCCCGAUCCAGCUGGACAUGUCGUUCGAAGAUGCAGGCUUGGAUUCGUUGAGCCUGAUAUCGCUUUCGCGACGGCUGACAUCAAAGAUCAACAAGGCGGUGUCGGUGGCCAACCUCUCUGACCACCCAACUCCAAGACGACUGCUUGAGUUUCUCGGAGGCCGUCCUCAGUCGGAGAUUGGACGGCCCAAGGUGUUGUGUGCGCAUGGCUUCAGAUCUAACGCAGACGCGAUGGCAGCUUCGAUGGGCCCGCUCAUAAGCCGCGUGGGCUUUGUGGAGUGGCUCUUCAUCAGCUCACCGCGGGCGGCUUCGGGGCCAGCUGCACCAGGAAUUGUGCAGGCAGGGUCGGCAGAGUCGCCCUCAUUUUUACGGCAAACAUCUGCUGUCCUACAGCCGGCCUGCGGCAAAACAUGGCGUGAAAGCUUCAGUGCUUUGUGGAUGAUGACCGGACGCAUGGUCGCAGCAGAAGUGACAUCUAAGGAGGAGGCGCGAGAGUGCCCAGUCAGCAGAAAAGUAUGGAGUGAGCUGAUUGUCGGGACGGCUUUAGAGGAACGGACUGGUGCUGCGGUGACUAGCAUUGGACUGGACCUAGCGUGGUGGGGCCAACCAUCUGGGCCUUUCGAGACAGGUUGGAUGGCUCCCCACUUCAACGGCUUCGAAUCCUCGAUUGCAGCAGCUUGGCAGAGAAAUGCGGAUGUUCUGAGCAUUCUGAGAUAUGCCAUGACAUACCUGAAUGACGCUCAGGUGCUGCAAGGCUUGAAGCUUGCAGGCGCUGUGGGCUUUAGCCAAGGCGGCGGGGUCGCGGCCUUGCUGGAGCAUGGGAUGGCAAAAUGCAUUCUGCAGAACAGACUGUCCCUGGGUAGUGCUUUGCUCGCCGGUUGUUGCUCCUGGUCUUCGGACGAGAGAAGCCAAGUGCCUCCUGACGUACGACCCAGCAGAAGAGAACCUCGGAUCGCAAACGAUUUCUUGUUGA